AAAAUCAAAAGUCAGAGCUCAAAAAAGAAAAUCACAAAUGGAGAAAGCAAAAGAAGUUUUCAAAUUAACCGAAGAAGAAUCAGCAACCGUGUCGCAACUCACCUUUACGCCUCACCGAGUCGGAAUCGAUUGCAGCUUCUUCGAAGAUUUUGCUCUACGAGGCAUCCGAGUUGACAGAGUCGAACCCGGUUUCGUCUCCUGCACUUUCAAAGUCCCUCCUCGUCUCACCGAUAGAAGCGGGAAAUUGGCGACGGGAGCAAUUGCGAAUUUAGUGGAUGAAGUAGGCGGUGCGGUGGUGUAUGUGGAGGGACUUCCGAUGAAUGUUUCGGUGGAUAUGUCUAUCUCUUUUCUUUCCUCUGCUAAUCUCAAUGAUGAAUUGGAAAUCACCGGUAAGGUUCUAGGAAGAAAAGGAGGGUAUGCUGGAACAAGUGUUCUUGUGAAAAAUAAAGCAACAGGGGAGAUAAUUGCUGAAGGCCGGCAUUCAUUAUUCGGUAAACAUACUAGCAAAAUGUGAUUAUGUCUCUCUUGUUAGGUUAGGUAACCGCUUGUACACUUACCGUGUCAUUUCACAGCAAUAAUUUGCAUCUUGUUGUGUAUGAAUAUCCUUUUUGUACCCGUAAGCUUUACAUUACUCAAUGAAAAAAAUGAUUAUGUGUAUUGGCAGAGGAAUAGUUUUUUCAAAUUGCUCUUUUAGCAUAUCUGAUUAACAUCACUAUCUGAUUCUAUUUGAUUGAUUUUUAUUUAUGAUUUU